AUGCUCUCUUCGCUCCGCGGCUUCCCCGGACGAGAUGCGCGCACAACUGCAAACUUGAUCCAUCUCGCGCGACCUUGCACCCCGCGUCACAGCGCAUGGCGGCGCCACCCAAGUCAAGCUUCGGCGGCGGCACUGCGGCGAUGGCAGUCAACAACCGCUACUGCUGCUGCUUCUACUGCUGCUGCUCCCACAGCUGAGGAAAACCCCGCCGUAGAACUCCCUGGAGAGGCUCGUUUCAACCAGAUCGGCGUCCAGCAGCUGAGCCAGAGCAUCUACAAGCAAAUUUUCCCCCAAGGCAAUAUCGCCCCGCCCACGCCGGAGCUCAUCAAGCUUGCAGAAGACCACCUAAAGCGCCACGAUCUGCACGGGAAAGCGACCGACAGAACCCCGCCCGUGGUCUUUGACCUCCCGCCGCUCGCCGGCCAAACGCUAGACGAGCAUUUCCACAAGCUGGGCGUCGACGCCGCGGAGCCCUUCCUGACCCACGCGAACCAGCUCGUUAGGUCCUCGCUGCCGCCGAAACCGAGGGAAUGGGUGCACCGGAGUGGGUGGACGAAAUACUACCGCGAUGGCCGGUCCGAGGCAGUGGAUGCGCCGGAGGGGAAUGUCAUGGUGUUCGAUACCGAGGUCAUGUGGAAGGAUAACCCGUAUGCGGUCAUGGCCUGCGCGGGGACCCCGGAGGCGUGGUAUGCGUGGUUAUCGCCGUGGCUGCUGAAAGAGACGGAGAACAAGCACCAGCUGAUCCCGCUGGGGGAUCCGAAGCGGGCGAAGGUGAUUGUGGGACAUAAUAUUGGGUUUGACCGGGCGCGGAUAUUGGAGGAAUAUGAUCUGCGGCAGACACGGAAUGCGUUCCUCGACACCAUGUCGCUGCAUGUCGCCGUCAACGGCAUGUGCUCGCAGCAGCGGCCGACGUGGAUGAGGCACAAGAAGAACCGGGAGACGCGCGCCGCCCAGUUGGCUGACUCGAACCCCAUCGAGACGAUGGAUACCAGCGCGUUGGCAGCCGAGGAGGAGGAGCUGUGGGUGGAACGGAGUUCGAUCAAUUCGCUGCGGGAUGUCGCUCAGUUCCACCUGGGCGUGACGAUCGACAAGGAGAUACGGAAUGCUUUUGGCGAACUGGACCGGGACGGCGUGCUUGAGAAGCUCGACGAGCUCCUGAUGUACUGCGCGGCGGAUGUGGCCAUCACGCACCGGGUCUACCAAAUUGUGUUUCCUAACUUCCUCCGGGUGUGUCCUCAUCCCGUCAGCUUUGCGGCCCUUCGCCACUUGUCGUCGGUGAUUUUGCCAGUCAACAAAUCCUGGGAUGCUUAUAUUGCCAACGCGGAAGCCACGUACAAGCACCUCUCCGACGCGGUUCAGGAACGGCUGAUUCUCUUGACGGAGAAGGCCGCCGAUGUCAGGAAAGACGAGGAGAAAUGGAGCACCGACCCGUGGCUGCAACAACUAGAUUGGUCGGGACAGGAGAUCAGGAUGGUCAAGGGCAAGAAAAAGGGCGAUCCGGAGCGACCGGCAGCGCGGCAAAAAAAGCCGGGUAUGCCGCGGUGGUACAAAGCCCUGUUUGCCAAAAGCGAGGACGAGACACCGAAUAUCAGUGUUCGCACCCGGAUCGCACCCUUGCUCCUUCGGUUAUCCUGGGACGGCUACCCGCUAUAUUGGUCCGACAAAUACGGCUGGACUUUCCAGGUACCCCGAGAGAAGGCCACGGAGUACACUCAGCGUUUAAUGGUGCCGUGCGAUUUCGCCGAGGAGCCCAUUGCGGCCUUGAAGGAAGACAAGGCUCACCUUUACUUCAAGCUGCCCCACAAAGAUGGUCCCACAGCUCGGUGUGCCAACCCCAUGGCCAAGUCCUAUCUCGCCUAUUUUGAGAAGGGGACGCUUUCAUCCGAGUACCCCUACGCCAAGGAGGCCCUCGAAAUGAACGCAUCAUGCUCGUAUUGGAUCAGCGCGCGGGACAGGAUCAAGUCCCAGCUUGUUGUCUAUGAAGACACACUGCCAUCCUCCAUGGCACAACAACCAAACCAAGAAGAAGCAAAGGGCGAGAAGAAGGAUGCCGAGACAGAAACGGAUGAGAAGGCCGACCAAGAAGCUGUGCGCGGAUAUAUCCUCCCUCAAAUUAUCCCCAUGGGGACAAUCACACGUCGUGCUGUCGAAAACACCUGGCUCACGGCGUCCAACGCCAAGAAGAACCGCGUUGGAUCGGAACUCAAGGCCAUGGUCCGCGCACCGCCAGGCCACGUCUUUGUGGGUGCCGAUGUCGACUCGGAAGAACUGUGGAUUGCCUCUGUUGUAGGCGAUUCGACGUUCAGGCUCCACGGCGGGAACGCGAUUGGGUUCAUGACGCUCGAAGGCACCAAGGCCGCCGGGACAGAUCUGCAUAGCCGGACAGCGUCGAUCCUGGGCAUCACACGGAACGACGCCAAGGUGUUCAACUACGGUCGCAUUUACGGCGCCGGGCUCAAGUUCGCGGCGCAGCUGCUGCGGCAGUUCAACCCGAGCCUCAGCGAGAAGGAGACGCUCCAGAUCGCCACCAAGCUCUACGCGGCCACCAAGGGGACCAAGACCAACCGCAAGGCGCUAUACAAGCGGCCGUUCUGGCGCGGUGGAACCGAGUCGUUCGUGUUCAACAUGCUAGAGGAGUUCGCCGAGCAGGAGUACCCACGCACGCCAGUCCUAGGCGCGGGCAUCACUGAGGCGCUCAACAGCCGCUACAUCAGCCGUGGUGGUUACCUCACAUCCCGCAUCAACUGGGCCAUCCAGUCCAGCGGCGUCGACUACCUACACCUGCUCAUCGUCGCCAUGGACUACCUAAUCCGCCGCUUCAACCUGGCCGCGCGCCUGGCCAUCACCGUCCACGACGAGAUCCGCUACCUCGUCGAGGAGCACGACAAGUACCGCGCGGCCAUGGCCCUGCAGGUCGCCAACCUCUGGACCCGCGCCAUGUUCGCCCAGCAGGUCGGCAUCCACGACCUGCCGCAGAGCUGCGCCUUUUUCUCAGCCGUCGACAUCGACACCGUCCUGCGCAAAGAAGUCGACAUGAACUGCAUAACCCCCUCCAACCCAACCCCGAUCCCACCAGGCGAGAGCAUCGACAUCCAAACCCUCCUAGCCAAACCCGACCUCGCCCGCCUCGACCCUUCUAUCGUCCCGCGCGCCGACUACGCGCCCCAGCUCGACAAUAUCCCCUACACCCCGCGCGUGCCGGUAAUGGAGCAGAUUCGCAACGCAGCCUCUGCAGACGCCGAGACCGAAUCCCGCUUCAUCCGCGCGCAGAUCUGCAACGACGAGGCCGAGUUCCGCGAUAUCAUCAAAGAAACCCGCAAAACUGCCACUACCACAACCACAUCUGCGCCCACAACAACAGCAACAAAACAACUCUACAAAUCAUCCACCUCCACCACAACCCGCCGCUCCAAAACAGCCCCCACAGGCCCCUACCACUCUUACCCGCAACUCCUCCCCGUCGACCGCUACCAACGGGAACCGGUCUCCGUCACUGAGGCCCUGGACGCCACGCCAGGUCACUUCCGUCGGAAACCCAUCGGUGGUAUCUCAUACGGCUCCCCUCCUCCCUCUUCUUCCUCUUCCGCUUCUUCAUCAUCAACUUCUUCUCCCUCGGAUCUGAUGUGUUUGAUGUGA